AUGACGCUCCCUGAGCCCCCCGUCGCUCUGGACAACAUCUGCUCCGUCAUCCACAACAAUGUUCUCUACACGUACUCUGCAAACGCAUUUCAGUCGCUCGCGCUCGAGGAGGGAGCGGAAUGGAAGACUCUGACCCAGGGUGAGAAGGUGACAGGAGGUGUCUGCGUGGGUUCAAAUCCUACGGAUGCCUCCCAGGCUGGACUUUACAUUGUAGGAGGCAAGGGAACAUCGGCGGACUACCGGGGACUUCAAAAGUACACCUACGCGACGGGCAAGUGGGAAUCGAUUCAACCGCAAGACGCGGUCACGCAAGAACGUCUCCUUCACGGCGCGACAUAUCUUCCCGGCACCGACCAGAUCGUCAUCUACGGUGGCAGCCAAGAUGGCUACUCCGGCCCCUCGACACAGACUUUCGUGGUGGGAGCCUCCGCGCCCUACCAUACCCGCGCGUACUCCUCCACAGCACCACCCGUUGUGAACCCGAUCGUCCUCACCUGGUCCGACACCCAGGCAGUCAUGGUUGGAGGUAGCACCGCAAACCAGAAGGUCAUGCUUUUCAACCCCGACACCAUCUGGACUGACUCCGGCGCGAGUCUCGCCCAGCCUAUUCUGAAGGACACCUCGGCAAUUAGAGCAAUGAUGAUGCAAGGAGAUGACGGAAGCAAAAGCUUGUACACAUUCGACCUGUCAACUUCGCCGAACGACGUUCAGCGCAUGGUCCUCCUCGAUGCUUCUGGUCAGCCGGUUGCGAACUCCGCUGCUGUAUCGAAGAAGACGACGCGAGGCGAAGCAGAGAUCGUGAAGCGCGCUUCUUUGACUUUGGCCGACUGGCCUAGCUACAACAGCACUCUGGCGCCUACGGGAACUCGUGCGAACUACGCCCUUGCCUCGGACUCGAGUGGACUCGUUGUUUUCGCCGGAGGCAACAAGGACGAUGUUCUUUGCAUGUUCAACGCCCGCGAGAACAGCUGGCAAGAUGCAAACCAGAAGCUCAGUGAGCAGUCAGUGCUCAUCACUAGCGAGACCACUAGCAGCACCAGUGCUUCGUCAACAACGACAAGCAGCACUUCUUCGAGGUCGUCAUCGAGCUCGCUGUCCUCAGCUUCCUCUGCCAUUACCGCCCCCGCUUCUGCAUCUGCUUCCGCCUCAUCAUCCGCAUCCUCCGAGACGGCUGCGCCCGCUGUUGGCGCACCCGUCAGUGCCAAUGCCAUUCUCGGUAUUGUGCUUGGCACCAUCACUGGAAUCAUGAUUCUCCUUGGACUGAUUCUCUUCAUUAUGCGACGACGCCGUGCCAAGAACCAGCCCAACCCUGAACAAGGUCAGAGAGGCUUCCCUGAUGAGAAGGCCGCUAUGGGCUAUGGCAACGACUUCGGCCCCGCUCCUGGAUUCCGCGGGCAUCAGCAAUCCGACUCGGCUGGAUCAUUCUCCUCCAUGGCGAUUCUCAUGGGCAAGGCCAACGGCACCAAGUCGAGCGCCAACAACGUUCCUCGCGGACCAAGCAGCGACUACAAGCGUGGCUCUUCGAACAGCUUCUUCAAGAGCACCAUCAGCAAGCCGAUGCCCCAGGUCAACGAAGUUCCUUCUCUGGCACCUCCUUCCCGCGACGAGAAGGGUGUGUCUUUCGCUGCUGACACCGUCGAGCCCCGGCCGACUACUCGCGGAAACCCCGGCCGCCCUGGUGAAACCCGCAGAAGCUCGGGUUGGAACCGAUACUGGUCCGGCGGUAGUGCCCUCAACAUCCUCGGAUUUGGUAACUCAAAGCGAACCACCGUCGACUCGGAAACCUCCCACUACUCCAACAAGAACCGGAUCACUCAAGACUCUGCUACCGUCCCUCCUCUCCAUCUCAUCACCCAGGAUCUGUCCACUGUCCCGCCCAUUCGGCACGAUGGCCGGCCGGAACUCAACCGCGUGGUCUCGGGCAGCCCAACUGUCUCGGACUACUCAAAUCAGAUCCCCUUCAGGGACGGAGUGUCUGCCAAGAUUGAGUCUCCCCGACGGCCCACGUCGGACGCGUCAUCCGGAUACUCUAGCGGCAUUCCCGAAAGUGUCCGCGAUACCUGGGACCCCAUCGGCGGCUCGAAAAAACCUUGGGGUGCCGACCGCGCCCCGAGCAGUGUCUAUGCUGAGAGCCUCUACCCUACGUCUCUGGCGCCGAGCAUCCCGUCAAGGCCACAACAAGGCCACCCCAGCGGUGUGAGCCAGCAGCCCCCGCUCGCCAUGGCGUCAACAUCGUCAGACAUGAGCUGGCUGAACCUCGGCGAGAUCAACAAGGCCAAGCUAAACCAGCGCUAA